GCAAACAUGGCAGAGGCCAGUGUGUUUUUAGCUCAGGAUCAGUUCACUUGUGCAAUCUGUUUGAAUCUCUUAAAGGAUCCGGUGACUAUUCUCUGUGGACACAGUUUCUGCAUGGAUUGUAUCUCAGGCUGCUGGGAUCAAGAGGAUCCAAAGGGAGUCUACAGCUGCCCACAAUGCAGACAGACUUUUACUCCAAGGCCAGUUCUGGGCAGAAACACAAUGCUGGCUGAAGUGGUGGAGAAGCUGAAGCUUCUGGGACUCCAGUCUGCUCCUGCUGCCCACUGCUAUGCUGGACCUGGAGAUGUGGAGUGUGACGUCUGCUCUGGGAGAAAGCGGAAGGCUGUCAAGUCCUGUCUGGAGUGUCUGUCGUCUUAUUGUGAAACUCACUUUACGUCUCACAACGACCUCUUCCCAGGGAAGAAGCACAAAGUGAUUGAAGCUGCUGGUAAACUAGAGGAUCUGAUCUGCUCUCAGCAUGAUAAACUGCUGGAGGUCUUCUGUCGCACUGAUCAGACAUGUAUAUGCAUGCUGUGUGUCAUGGACGAACACAAAGGCCAUGACACAGUUUCAAUUGCAGCAGAGCGGACCGAGAAACAGAAAGAGCUGGGAGGAACACAGAGAAAAUUCCAUGACAUCAUCAAAGAAAAAGAGACUCACCUGCAAGACCUCAGAAAGGCUGUAAAAACUCUUCAGUGUUCUGCUGAUGCAGCAGUGGAGAACAGUGAGAGGGUCUUCACUGAGAUGAUCCGCUCCAUUGAGAAAAGACGCUCUGAGGUGACGAAGCUGAUCAGAGAUCAGGAGAGAGCUGAUGUGAGUCGAGCUGAAGAACUCAUGGAGACACUGGAGCGGGAGAUCGUUGAGCUGAAGAGGAGAGUUGCUGAGUUGGAACAGUUCUCACAGAGUGAAAAUAACAUAAAGUUUCUCGAGAGUUUCCAGUCUCUGUGUGCCUCCACUACAUCUGACAAGUCAUCUACGUGCUCAGUGCAUACAGAUGAGCUUUUUGAGAGAGUGAGUGACAGCCUCACUGUGCUCAAAGACAAACUGCAGGAUGUGCUCCACCAGGGACUACAGGACAUGACUAAAACUGAUUCCCAUCAGCUGACAUUGGACCCCAACACGGCUCAUAAUCAGCUGAAACUGUCUGAGGGAAACAGAGUUGCAGAAAGGGUUAAAAUGAGUCAGUCAUAUCCUGAUCAUCCAGACAGAUUUAGUGAUGUGGCACAGGUGAUGUGUUCAGAGGCUACAUCUGCCAGGUGCUACUGGGAGGUCGAGGUGUCUGGGUAUGAUGUCCAUAUAGCUGUUUCAUACAAGGGGCUGAAGAGAAAAGGAAGUAAUAGUUAUGUUUAUUUUGGGUCCAAUACAAACUCCUGGGCAUUGAAUUGCUAUGCAUCUGGGUUCUGGUUCUACCAUGAUAAUAAACCAAUUAAUCUCCCUCAUGCUCAGAUCUCCUCUAGAGUAGGAGUGUAUGUGGAUCACAGGGCAGGAACUCUGAGCUUCUACAGUGUCUCUGCUGACACUAUGACUCUGCUGCACAAAGUAGAGACCACAUUCACUGAGCCACUAUAUCCUGCCUUUUGGCUCUACAAUGUUGGCAGCAAAAUCAAAUUGUUUCAGUGAUAAGAAGAUGCCUGAAGAAGAUCUAUGAUCGAAACGUUGCUCCAAAUAAAUUAAGUCUUUUGCAAGUCGUGUGCAGAUCCUUUCCCAAUCCUAUAUGACAAUUUUUUGAUUUGGCACCUGCUGAUGCUUUUCUGCUGGAUGUACGCGCUUUCAACUACACUCUGUCAGUGAUGACAAACCAGCACAAAAACACAUUUAUAUGCUAAAAAGGAAUGUAUCUUGUGAACCGAUUUAGAAUUCCCACUCUUUGCGAUAUUCAGUUUAGAUGAGAGCAUUUUUCAGUGAUUACAUGAUCUUGCCCUGUUGAAAUAUUGUGAGUGCUGAUAGUGAAACUUUUUUGUUUAUUUGUUUGCUUGUUGAAUUGCUUGUAGAAUGGGUGUUCAGUAUUUCAUUAUUACUCCUCAGAUAUAUUGUCUGCCAGGCCCUCCAGUGUCAAUAGCGAGGUCAUCACCCAGUGCUGUCAUGCUCUCAGUAUACUGGUGUCAGCUGCUGUCAUUGGGUCGUCCCUGACCAAUGAAGAGUGGAGAUUGUCCACAUUCCAGGUGAAGAUGCAGGGUAAAGGCUGACAGAAGUCCUGGAGUGAGGAGUAAACACACAUGUGUUUUAUUAUGAUUUCCAUUCCAUGGCAGGAUUACGUUUCAACCAUUGAGAAUCUGAUGAAGAUAAUGGUCUAAAUGUAGUCGUCCCUUACCAGGUCAUAUUCAGUUCAUCCUGGCUGUAGAUGUAAUGUGGGGUCUUCCUGGUUACUAAUGUGGUGCAUACUUUACUGUUCAUCUACAGGUGGUGGCUAAUGGAUGUUUAUAUAACACUGUCUGUAAACAUUAAUAUAUGGUACAUUCUUCAUCUUCCAAGUGUUUUUUUGUUCUUGAACAACAAUGAGUAUAUACCUAAACACUUUGAUUGGAUUUAUAUGAAAUAAUUAAUGUAAUAAAA